AGCUGAUGCACAAGGAGCCAAGGUAGCCCCGAAACAGAGGUUCAGCCGUUCCAGGUUCGGCCCGGGCAUUCAUAUAGUUAGAGCUCCGCCCUCAUCGAGGCCCUCUGGACUUCAACAGUGCCCAAAGACCCGCGUACAUGCCGGUCGAAACGGUUCAUUCAACAUGAACCCAACCCCCAACAACCUCCCUCCCAGCCGGGCUAGUCCGGCGAGUAGUCCCCUUCGGAUCGCCAUCCUACUAAACUCAUACCGCUCGCCCUUCAUCAACCAGAUCCGGGACUCGUACAUCCGGUGCAUCGGCGCCGUCACGGCCCGCGACAACAACAACAACGACAACGGCAACAACAAUGACAACGACCACAACGACAACCACGCCGCCGAGCCCGUCCCCGUGGCCCCCGUGCUCUCCUUCUUCUACCCGGCCGAGCAGGCGGACGACUUCCCGGACCCGGCGGCAUUCGACCUGAUCGUCGUCGGCGGGAGCAACGCCGACCCGCGGAAGCGGCACCCGUGGAUCCUGCGCGUGCACCAGUUCAUCCUGGACGUGGUGGCGCACCACCCGCGCAAGAAGAUCUGCGGCAUCUGCUGGGGCCACCAGACCAUCUCGCUGCUGUUUGGCGGCGAGAUUGUGGAUAUGGAGACGCCCGAGCUGGGCGUGACAGAAGCGAAGUUGACCCCCGCGGGCCGGCGCUUCUUUUCGCGACCGAGCAGCGGCAGCGGGGUGCUCCUGCUACAGCAGCACCACCGCCGCGCCGUGGCGUCGCCCCCGAGGGGGUUCUACGAGCUGCUGGUCGGGAACCAGUGCUUUCUGAGCCAUAAUAACGCCAUCCUGACGUUUCAGGGGCAUCCCGAAAAGGAUGCGCAGUGCGCCAAGCUGAGGAUACGCGACGCCACGCGGUGGUUUGGCAUCGAUCCGGACGAUAAAGUCGGCCUGGCGUAUUUUGAGAGGGCUAUGGAGCGGCCGGACGACAGUGCCGAAAUCUGGGCGAGGAUACUGGAGUGGGCUGGGGAGAAGCACCCGAGCCAUGAAGUCCGGUUGUGACAUAGGCGUGAGAAAUCAACAUAGAAAACCAAGCAAUAAACAUUCUGAUCAGCAAGUAUUGUAUUGCUGCGUGGAACACGGCACAUCCAGAC